GAACGGGAGCUGUCACCGGAGGAGCUGGAUGAGCUGCUGGACGCCUUCAAGGAGUUUGAUACGGACCAGGAUGGCUACAUCAGCUACAAGGACCUGGGCGAGUGCAUGCGCACGCUGGGGUACAUGCCCACCGAGAUGGAGCUCAUCGAGAUCUCCCAGCACAUCAAGAUGAGGAUGGGCGGCCGCGUGGACUUCGAGGACUUUGUGCAGAUGAUGGGCCCGAAGCUGCGGGAGGAGACGGCGCACAUGGUGGGCGUGAGGGAGCUCAAGAUCGCCUUCCGCGAGUUCGACAUGAACGGGGACGGGGAGAUCAGUACGGCCGAGAUGCGCGAGGCCAUCGCGGCGCUGCUGGGAGAGCAGCUGAAGGCGCAGGAGGUGGACGAGAUCCUGCAGGACGUGGAUCUCAACGGGGACGGUCACGUGGACUUC